UUAAAAUUACUCUGUAGGAAAGUCACCGCCGCAGCGCCGCAUCUCUUCUCAUCAGGCUCGCCGCUAAACCCCACUCCGAUUCCCCCAAACAGGCCGCACCGCCGCCGCAACUGCCAUGGACACCUCCGGCGACAACAACCAUAGAUGCAAGAAGAAGAAGAAGAUUGUGACACCGGAGAUGCAGUUCCGUUUGAGCCUCGACCAGUGCUCCAAAAGCAAAGACCUCGCCGCUGCAAUCUCCCUCUACGAUUCCGCGCAAUCCUCAAUCCGCCUAACCAAUCAGCACUUCAACUCAUUGCUCUAUAUCUGCUCCAACGCCGUCUCCAACGCGGAUACGAAGCAGGCCGCGAUCGAAUUCGGCCUCCGUGUAUACGAAAAGAUGGUUUCCGGCGAUGCCGCCCCCAAUGAGGCUACCGUCACCUCUGUUGCUCGCCUGGCUGCCGCUAAUAACGAUGGCGAGGCGGCGUUCAAGCUCGCAAAAGGCGUAGGGAACGCCGGAAGGCUCAGGACCUAUGGGCCGGCCCUCUUUUGCUUUUGCAGAAAUGGGGAUGCUGAUAGGGCUUAUGAAGUAGAGGAGCACAUGGUCUCUAUUGGCCUGCAACUUGAGGAGCCUGAGCUUUCCGCGUUGUUAAAGGUGAGCUUGGAGAAAGGGAGGCAAGAGGAUGUUUAUAAAUAUUUGCACAAGUUGAGAAUGGCUGUCAGGGGAGUCAGCGAGUUGACAGCAGAGAUAAUUGAGAGGUGGUUUGGAGGGGAAGAGGCAUGUGAGGUGGGUUUACUAGACUGGGAUGCAAGACAGGUGAAAGAAAUGCUUUUGAGGAAUGGGGGAGGGUGGCAUGGACUUGGAUGGCUUGGGAAGGGUAAUUGGGUUGUGCAGAGGUCAAAUAUUGCUUCAGAUGGGCUGUGCCACACUUGUUCAGAGCAGUUGGUUUGCGUUGACAUUGACAAGGCAGAAACAGAAAUGUUUGCGCAGUCGGUUGCAUCCUUAGCGAUGGAAAGGGAGUCGCAGUCCAGCUUUAAAGAGUUUCAGGAUUGGCUGGAAAAACAUUCUGACUACGAAGCUGUAGUGGAUGGAGCAAAUGUUGGGCUUUAUCAACAAAACUUUGCUGAGGGUGGCUUUAGUAUUUCCCAGCUUGUUGCAGUUGUUGAAGAUUUGCAUAAUAGGAGUAAGAAAUGGCCCCUUGUUAUCUUGCACACGAAACGUGUUCGGGCACUUCUUGAGAAUGCUAGCCAUAGAGAGCUCCUUGAGAAAUGGAUAGACGAAGGAGUGCUUUAUGCAACACCUUAUGGAUCGAAUGACGAUUGGUACUGGCUUUUUGCUGCUGUGAAAUUCAAGUGUUUGCUUGUGACAAAUGACGAAAUGAGAGAUCACAUUUUUGAGCUUUUGGGUAGCAAUUUCUUUAUCAGAUGGAAAGAAAGACAUCAGGUAAGGUACACCUUUGUGAAAGGUAACCUGGAGCUUUUGAUGCCACCGUUAUUUUCUGUUGUCAUCCAGGAAUCAGAGAAAGGAUCUUGGCAUGUGCCCCUAGCAAGCGAAACUGAUAACGAGUCUUCAAGGUCAUGGCUCUGCAUCACGAGACCCGACUGCAAGGACUCGAAUAAAGUACAUGGAACCAUGAUAUUCAAAGAAAGAAGAAAGAAAGAAAGAAAAACCUUCAAAGGGAGUAGAUAAUGAAUGGCCAUGUAUGUUUGGAAGCUAGCCAUGGUGCUUAACACAGUCACCUUCCCAACGAUAACAGGCUUUCCAUCCUUGCCUAUCCAUGGAUGCUUGGAGAAGUGUCGGUACCCAAAAUCCUGUAUCCACGGGAGCUCCAAUGGGUUAGAUACCGACGAUCCCACAUGGUAUAUUCUCUCACACCCUCUUUCAUCUGCAUGCCCAACCAUGGCUACUAUCAUUGCAUUCACCACCAUAUCUGCCGGGAUCUGUAAUUUCAAUAUACUUAUGAAGUUAUAUAAUAUAUACUUGUACUUGAUGAUAAGUUACCUUUGAUUUUAGUUUCUUUAAAA